GCUCUGAAGAUCACAGCUCCGUUGCCAAUCCAUGGAGAAUUGGUAAGUACAGAGUCAGCGGCUUCUUUCUUCUGCUCGUGGCUGCAAAUCCAAACGAUGAGAGUAGUGGGCACAGUUCUACAGAGAUUCUCCAUUGGGUCCUCCUCCAAGCUCCCAAGCACCACCGUCUCCUCCUUUCUUCUCCUUUCUCCAAGAUGUCAUCUUCUGGGCAGGGCGGUUUCAUCUUCGGCAUUUUGGUCUAAUAAUGCUUCGCUGUUUCCGGGCAAGGAGAGAUGUGCGGAGAAGGAUCAUAUGGGCAACUUCAGAAGAAGGAUAUGGACAUCCCCUGUUGUUUGUAUGGGCCGGCGUUCCAGCAAAAUUGCUGGCAGGAAGGGAGCUCAAGAUGCCAAGAAGGCGAAGCUUUAUUCAAGGAUUGGAAAAGAAGUCGUAUCUGCUGUAAAGAAGGGUGGUCCAAAUCCAAUUUCAAAUACAGCUCUUGCUGCUGUACUUGAGAAAGCCAAGGAGCUUGAUGUACCCAAGGAAAUUAUGGAGCGCAAUAUUAAGAGGGCUUCCGAGAAGGGGCAAGAGGCCUACAUUGAGAAAAUUUAUGAGGUGUAUGGCUAUGGGGGAGUGAGCAUGGUUGUGGAAGUGUCGACAGACAAAGUAAAUAGAUCCGUGGCGGCUAUUAGAGAGGUGGUUAAGGAUUAUGGAGGGAAGAUGGCAGACUCAGGAUCUGUUAUGUUCAAGUUCAGACGUGCUAGGGUUGUGAACGUGAGAGCGAACGAUGCUGAUAAAGACCAGCUGUUCAACAUUGCUUUAGAUGCUGGUGCUGAGGAUGUUAUUGAACCUUCGGUUUAUGACGAUGAGAGUGAUGAAGAUAUGUCCCAAAGCUACUACAAAAUUGUGAGCUCGACAGAGAAUUAUGCGGCCAUAUUAUCAAAGCUGCGUGAAGAAGGAAUUGCUUUUGAGACAGAUAAUGGUUCCGAACUGAUUCCCAUAGCAAAUAUUGAGGUAUACAACACCAUCGUUGUUGAUGUUUUUUUUUUCUUUUUCGGCAAAGUAGACGACGAGGCAGUAGACUUGAACAGAGAGCUCAUGUCCAAACUGCUAGAGCUUGACGACGUGGAUGCCGUAUACACAGACCAGAAAUGAUGCUCAUCCAGAGACCCUUAUCAAGCAGACUGUUCACCUCAUCAGCUGAGCUCGACCCAUAUCAUAGUUUACCACAUCCAUUUACACUCUGCAUGUCGUUUAUAGCAACAGGGUCGUCGUCGUUGUCAUCCUCAGAAGUCAUCAUGCCUUUGUUUUGUCUCAAAGUGAUUGUCUUAUCCACUCUACCGCAGGCAUUCCGAUUGAUUCGGUAGGAAUUUCUCGUUGAAUAAUGCCAAUCAAUGGCCAAUGCUAUUUGCAGUGAAAAGGAUGGGGCUUUGUCAGUUUACCUUUAACCUUGAGCAGAGCUGGCCGCCGGCAAUGAUUUCCGUUUCUUACUUACCCUCUGUGUUUGACUUGAUAGUGUAUUUUAGUUAAAAAUAUCUGCGAUUUAACAGAAAGUUAGUAAUUGACAUUAUAUGCAUUCUUACAUAAUUCAUGACUGCUACAUCUUUCUA